CUGAGAAUUUACAGUAAAUAUGGCUGUAAAUUCAGUUUAUGAUUUCACAAUGGAUACCUUGGAGAGAAAGGCUGCUCCACUCAGCAACUUCAGAGGAAAAAUUCUUCUCAUUGUCAAUGUGGCAACCUUCUGAGGGUCCACUAUUGAAGAGUAUCACAGGAUGAAUGCACUCAUGGACAUGUAUGGAGGCCUGAAAUUCACUGUGCUUGGAUUUCCCUGCAAUCAGUUUGGCCUACAGUCACCUGAGGAGAACCACGAAACCCUGAAUGUUUUGCAGUAUGUGAGACCAGGACGAGGUUUCCUCCCAAAGUUCCCCAUCUUCAGCAAGAUCGAGGUGAACGGCUCUGAUGAACAUCCUCUGUACGCCUACCUGAAGGAAGCUCUUCCAUUUGUUAACCCAGUCAUCGGAGACAUCAGGAAGCUCUACUGGUCUCCCAUUAAGGCCAAUGACAUCCGCUGGAACUUUGAGAAGUUUCUCAUCACCCCAGAGGGAAUUCCUUACAAAAGGUAUGAUCCUCACUGCCAAUUUGAAGAUGUGGAGCGAGACAUUGCAACACUUCUGCAAGGAAGACAUUUAUCAUAAUGCAUCCAUAACCAGCUCUCUGAUUAUGAUUCAUCUCUGGAUUCAUUCAGAUUCUAAUUUUUCCUCUUUCCUAGAUCCAAUCAGAUUAAUUCAGUCAUUUUU